AUGAACAUCAACACUAACCUUACAGAAACUGAGAUCUUGGCUGUAUACAGUCUUCAAUUUUCAUUUCAAAAAACUAUUGCAUCUGACAAUGAUGAAGAUUAUGAAGAAGUAGAAACUAAAAUGAGAUGUUUACAGCAUAUGAGAGAGCAUCUGUUGAACAUGCACAAGACAUUGAUUCAAAUGUAUAAUGAUAUAAUACUUGCUGAAAAUAAUUAUAUGACAGAUGAUUUCCAAACCGUUUGCUACCUUAGUUCUCCUAUGCAUAUCACUGUGGCUAUUGUUCUCUGGCACCUGAGUAACACCCAUCUGAAAUACAAAAUGAUAUCAGGGAUUUUUGAUAUCAGCCAGACAGCUUACUACCAGUUCAUUGAAAGAUUCCUGAAAGCUAUGAUCUGCUGCUUUUUGAAUGACACAAUCAAGUAG